AUGGCGUCAAUACAAGAAGCACAGAAAGCUAAUGUGAAAAAAGAUUAUGAUGAUUUAUUGACUUGCUCGUUAUGUCUUGAGACUUACAGAAAUCCGAAGUAUUUACCAUGUCUGCAUACAUUUUGUGAGUUAUGUGUUAAUACUUAUAUUCUGUCAAUUGUUAAAGAAGAAAAUUCCGUUGGAUUCAAAUGUCUAGUCUGCCGAAAUCUAGUUCCUAUCACUGAAAGUCAAGGUAGACCAGAAACAUGGGCUAAACAAUUACCAGCAUGCACUCUGCAAGGUUCCGAACUCCAAGUCCUGAUGAAAAUGGAAGAAAUUUCAAGUAGAAUACCUCAGAUUGAGAAAGAUAUAUCAAAGGUAGAACGUGAAAUAAAGGACGUGUCGGUAUCAUUCAAACAAGAAGUCAUCACCCUAAACUGUCUUGGUAGUUUGAAGGUCACAGAAAGAUCAGUACAACUAGGAACUGGGUUAAAGAAAGUUAAUUUUCAUUCAGGAUGUGUUAAAGUUCUAGCAACCAUUGCCGUUGAUGUAAACAGAGGUGGUCUAAGAGUGUUAAGCGGAGUUUUUAUCGAUGAUAAUAUCAUUCUGACAGACUGGGUGAAUUUCAAAAUACUGCGCUGCGAUCUUAAUGGAGUAAUGAAAGAGGAAUUAAAGAUUGCGUCAUCACCAACCGACGUUGCAAGUAUGAGUGAUAGGAAAAUAGCAGUAGCUUCGGAUUCACGACAAAUUAAUUUACUGGAAAUAAAACCAUUUACUUUAAUCCGUACACUAAGUGUCGAUGUUCCUGUUUAUGGACUAAGUUAUCUAGAUGGGGAGUUUUUAACGGCUGAUCGUAACUCUAGAUCGAUCACGUGGUUGAAUUGUGAAUCUUGUCAAAAAAAGAAAGCCUUUAAAUCGGGGAUAGACACACGAUUUGUCACUUGUUACGAGAAAGACGAAUACAUUUAUAUGCAUGCCCAAAAUUCUGUUUGCUUCAACUCGUCAAAAAGCAAAGGAUUUGAAUAUGCCAAUAGCCAAUUAAGUUUAUCUUACAGUCAGGACAUGGACUAUGAAAGGAACAUUUACGUCGCUGGUUAUUCACAUAAAAAUAUUCAUCAGCUGACAUCCACGGGUCAACUUAUAAGAAUCAUUCCUAUAUCUCAAAUAGACCCGACUAUAUCAAAUAUACCAUGGGUACUUCGAUUUCAACCAAACAGUAAUAAAUUUUUGUUGACAUUUUAUGAUACUGGAAAAGUUCUCAUUUGUGAAAUUGCCUAA